UGAAGUCCCUUGGCUGAUCUGGAAAUCAUCAGAUUUUAAAUGGGGGAACCAAGCCGCAGAAUGAGGCGGGCCGUAUAUAGUAUAUAUGUCUAUGGGCGGCGUAACCCCAGCGCAUCCUGUUGUUUUCAAAGCCGCGUCGCUUCAUAGAAGCGCUCAACGAUGGCAGGAAGCUCUGACCACCAACAAGAGGAAAGAGGUCCUCAGAGCACAGCCAUUCGCCUCCAAAGCUACUUACACGGAGGAACCUCCAGCUUGCUGUCAGCACUCCCCACCGUUUUCGCCUUUCCUGUCUACAAGACCAUUUUCCGUCAACAGAUCCACAACACCUCAGCCCACCGGGCGGUGGGACAGCUCUAUAAAGAGGGGCCUGCAAAGCUCUACAGGGGCGUGGUUCCACCGCUCCUGAUGAGGACCCUGAACGGCACGCUCCUCUUUGGUCUCCAGGACACACUCCUCCGUCAUCUUUCACUGUCAGCCCACAAUGCCACCUCUCCAGCUGCCCUGUCUGCUCUGGCUGGAUUUGGUGCUGGUAUGGUGGAAGCUGUGGUCUUCACCCCUUUCGAGCGUGUUCAGAAUGUGCUGCAGAACAGCCAGAAUGACAGGCAUCUACCGUCCUUAAGGAGCGUUCUCAAGAGGUUGACGGUGGAGAGGAUUAGCCAGGGCUACUACAGAGCCUUCCUGCCUGUCACAGCCCGGAACACCCUAGGCAGCGCCCUGUAUUUUGGCUUCAAGGGCCCUGUGUGCGCCAUUGUGGCAGGACAGGGACUCCCUCCCAUGGUCUCCUCGUUUGUCUCAGGAACUCUGACCUCGAUGGCAAUCAGCCUGACUCUGUACCCGCUGUCUGUGCUGGUAGCAAACAUGCAGGCGCAGGUCGGAGGGGAGGCGAAGGGCGUCGUGGCAUGUUGGAGGGCGCUGUGGAAAUCUCGGAAUCACAGCGUGGCUCUGCUGUACCGAGGAGGCACCCUUGUUGUUCUGCGCUCAUGCAUUACCUGGGGAAUCACCACAGCUAUUUAUGACAUACAACAGAAACGAUCCUCUUGAAGCUGGAAGCCCUGAAAGCUGCUGUGUUAUUGUGCCACAGCUCUACUUUACCUUUAUGCGCAAAAUAUCAUAAAAUGGUUCAGUCUUCUGAUUUUGUCCAUUUUUUAGAUCAGGUUUUUCUGCGUAUUGCAGAAAAUAUGCUGACGUAUCGUAGUGAAAACCAGGUGUUUCAGGUGACAAUUAAAAUUGCAUAGGGAGCCAUGACUGUGUUAGAGUAAGCCGAUGUGAACAAGUAAAUCGAAUCAAGAAACUUCUAAAAAUUUAUCUGACCGUGACCUCUGUUACCUCAAAGAUGCAUUAAAGGGAUGGUUCAGGAUUGUUUUUUAGUCAGGUCCUGUUAAAAGGCUAUAAGUGGGAAACACCUUACUCACGCUAGGUAACUGUCUUGACUUUUUACUAAAUGAAUGCAUUUAGUAAAACUUAAUUUGUUCAUCAUCUAUUUAUCUCAAAAACAACAAUAAUCACCAAAGGAAUGUUGUGUUUAAUGCAAACCCAUUUUUAUUAACUUUCAAAGGAGCAUAGCGCAGGUCCCGGAGGUUUUGCACAAGUUUUCCCCCUCUGGCGGCAAGUUGAAAUGAUACCAGUGGCGUAAUGUCUUCUGAGGUAAGAAAGUGGCAAACAUUGAAGUUAGCCCAUCUUCUCUCACUAAUGCGUCAAUGGCAGCGGAAACUCAACAAAGUAGCCAGGUGAACAAGAGCGUGCAACGCGUAGCGCACACACCCAGAGAGUUAGACCCAAAUCUCUCUCUCAUGAACUGGCUAACGGAGCCUACAGAGGCAACUGCGGUAAAUAGAGGAAAACUACUUUUACCCGUAGGGCAACUGUAAGGGCAUGUAUGGGAAAGACAAAAAAAAUAAUAUUUAACCUUUAAAGUUGCCCAAUGCUCCUUUUUAAGCUGUUUUAACGCUUGAAUUUUGCAGUUUUUCUCCAAAGAAGCAUGUGAAUACUUUUACCAGACACUGAGGCUGGAGGUGGUACAGCACCGGUGAUCUUCCAACGGAAUAUGUUGUUUAUAUGAAAUAUGUGUCAAUGGGAUUUGAAUUAAAAACGCCACUGAAAUUUCAAUGUUCUAUACUUUCAUAUCUUCCUUUGUGAAACAUGUACAGAGAAUGAGACUUUUAAAGCAGUUCUCAUCAGAGAAACCAUUAGAUAGAAAAGUAAAUUGGUAUGAACAGCAAAGUCAUUAAAACGAUUGAAGUGAAUGUUGUUUUACUGAUUUUUACACUUCCUCGCUGGCAAUGUUUUAAAUGCUUAUUCUCUGUACAUGUUUCACACAGGAAGGUCAUUGGUGGUGCAGCGCUUCUUUGAUCCAGUUCCUGUGCAAACUAUCAUCAGAUCCUGUGUAAAUAACCUUUAAAUGCAAACAUGACCACAGUGUUAUGAUUGAUGAAACAGCAUUCAUGUAAAUUGCUGUAAAGUUGAUGUUUUAUUGUCAUGGGAGUUUCUAAAGGCAUGUUCACACUGAACACGAAAGUUGCAGACCGAGCGACAGAUUUAUAAGAAACACCUACGCACAGGUGCCACGCAGGAGCGAUGUGACGCUAGGCAAGGCAAGGCAAAAUUUAUUUAUAAAGCACAAUUCAGUACAAAAACAAUGCAAAGUGCUUUACAUGAU